UCCCUUCAACCUCCUCCGGUCGCCCCCACCAUGUCGGAGGAACUGGUCCAGCACCCCAAGGAGAGCCUGCCGGCGCCACGAACCAGCCCCCGCGAGGUGUGGAAAAAGGGCGGCCGCUUGCUGUCGGUGCUGUUGGCUGUUAACGUGCUGCUGCUCGCCUGCACACUCAUCAGCGGUGGUGCCUUCAACAAGGUGGCCGUGUAUGACACCGACGUGUUCGCACUGCUCACUACCAUGAUGCUGCUGGCCACGCUGUGGAUAAUCUUCUACCUCCUCCGCACUGCGCGCUGUCGGGAUGCGGUGCCCUACCGGGAUGCGCAUGCCGGCCCCAUCUGGCUCCGAGGUGGGCUGGUGCUGUUUGGGAUUUGCACCCUUGUCAUGGACGUCUUCAAAACUGGUUACUACUCCAGUUUCUUUGAGUGUCAGUCGGCCAUCAAGAUCCUACACCCCAUCAUCCAAGCUGUGUUUGUCAUUGUCCAGACUUACUUUCUCUGGGUCUCCGCUAAAGACUGCACCCACACCCACCUGGACCUGACCCGGUGUGGGCUCAUGUUCACCCUCACCACCAACCUAGCCAUCUGGAUGGCGGCCGUCGUGGACGAGUCCGUGCACCAGGCCCACUCCUACAGCGGCUCUCAUGGCAACGCCAGCCACGCCCGCCUCGCCCCUGACCCACAGCGAGCGGGCGGCACAGCCGGAGGAGACCCGUGCCCGUGCAGCACAGCCGUCUGUCAGAUCUUCCAGCAAGGCUACUUCUACCUGUACCCCUUCAACAUCGAGUACAGCCUCUUCGCUUCCACCAUGCUGUACGUCAUGUGGAAGAAUGUGGGUAGGCUGCUGGCCCCCACCCAUGGCCACGGCCACGCACCAUCCAGGGUCAGCCUCUUCCGGGAGACCUUUUUUGCUGGUCCAGUCUUGGGCCUGCUUCUCUUUGUUGUGGGUCUGGCUGCCUUCAUCCUGUACGAGGUUCAGGUGAGUGGAGAGAGAGACCAGACCCAGAAGGCCCUGGUCACUUACUACACCUUCAGCAUCGUCUGUCUGGGGCUCAUGACUUUGGUCAGCUUGAGUGGCUCGGUCAUCUAUCGUUUUGAUCGGCGGGCCAUGGACCACCAUAAGAACCCAACACGUACCCUGGAUGUAGCCCUGCUAAUGGGCGCCGCCCUGGGCCAGUAUGCCAUCUCCUACUACUCCAUUGUGGCUGUGGUGGUGGGCUCGCCCAGGGACCUGCUGGGGGCACUCAAUCUGUCACAUGCCCUGCUCAUGAUCGCCCAGCACACCUUCCAGAACGUGUUCAUCAUCGAAAGCCUGCAUCGGGGACCACCUGGGGCUGAGCCUUGUGAAACGCCCCCCAAGGAGCCCUGUCAAGGUAUCACCUUUGCCAACCUGGAUGCCAUCCACACCUUGCCCUCCUGCCCACCCACCCCCAGGCUGGCCAGCCCCAAUCCAGAAAGUCCUCAGGACGCAGAGGCCAUCAUCAUCUCAGCUCCCCGGUGCCACUGGCGACGCCGGUGCCUAAAGGACAUCUCUCUGUUUCUCCUACUCUGUAAUGCCAUCCUGUGGAUCAUGCCUGCCUUCGGCGCCCGCCCGCACUUCAGCAAUACCGUGGAGGUGGACUUUUAUGGUUACUCCCUCUGGGCGGCCAUCGUCAACAUCUGCCUGCCUUUUGGCAUCUUCUACAGGAUGCACGCCGUCUCCAGUCUGCUGGAGGUCUAUGUACUGUCCUGAAGCUCCGCAGAGACAAGGCAGAGGAACCCCAGCGCCUCUGGGGGUGAAUCAGGCUGGCGCUCACUCUCUGCCUGCCCCAGACUGGAAUUUUCACCAAAGUUUAUUUUUCCAGGAUGAAUUUUUAAAUCAAAAUCGAGAUGUGCCCGCCCGUCUACUCCUGCAUGACCCUGGAGCCUGGGGAGAUGGAGGCAGGGCAGCAUUCCCUAGGACCAGGCAGGAUCUGGAAAUAACCGUCUCUGACUCUGUCUCUAAUCCCAGCCAUGCGACCUGUGCACUGUCUGGAGUUAGGAAUCAAUAAACCUGCAACUGCACUUUU